GGCCCAUAGACAGACACGCCGCCGGACGCCUUCACCAAAUCCGACUACGUUACCGACAAAAGGUGGCAGCUCAUUUUCAGUGACGAGUUCAAUGUUGACGGUCGCACCUUCUAUGCUGGUGACGACCCAUACUGGGAAGCUGUCGACCUCCACUAUUGGCAGACGAACGACAUAGAGUGGUAUGAUCCAGCCGCUAUUACAACUGAAAAUGGCUCGUUGGUGAUUACCUUAUCCGAGACACCCAGACAUGGGAUGAAUUACACCGGUGGAAUGAUGACAUCUUGGAAUAAGUUCUGCUUCACAGGCGGUCUGGUCGAGACAUCUGUCGUUUUGCCUGGUGUUAACAACAUAGUGGGUCUGUGGCCCGCUAUACGGACCAUGGGGAAUUUAGGCCGCGUUGGAUACGGCGCCAGUCUCGAAGGCAUGUGGCCUUAUACAUAUGACGCAUGCGAUAUUGGCACUGUUUCCAAUCAAACCAUGAAUGGGCUCCCGGCUGCUGCUACUGUCAAUGGUGACAAGGAUCACGAUGGCAUUCUGUCCUUCCUACCGGGACAACGCCUCUCUCGUUGCACUUGCCCUGGAGAAUCUCAUCCUGGUCCUGUGCAUGCCGACGGCACUUAUGUUGGCCGGUCCGCUCCUGAGAUUGAUAUAUUCGAAGCGCAGAUCACUGGAGAUCCACUUUCGGGGCAGGUAUCGCAGUCUGGCCAGUGGGGGCCUUUCAAUGAAGCAUAUGAAUGGUUCAACAACUCUGAUACUUUGUUCAUUGCCGAUCCGUCCAGGAGUUACCUGAAGCCCUACGUCAGUAGUGUUUUCCAACAGGCAACUUCAGUUGUAACAGAAACGAACCAGGAAGCGUAUGAGGGUACCGGGAACGUAUACUCUGUUUAUGGGAUACAAUAUAAGCCGGGCUUCGAUGAUGCCUACAUCUCCUGGAUUUCUGAUGGUGUACUUGCUUGGACAUUAAAGCAACCAGGAAUGGCCGCUGAUUCUGGAGUCGAGAUCAGCUCUCGCCCUGUUUCACAAGAGCCCAUGUACCUCAUCGCAAAUCUUGGUAUGUCGACGAACUUUGGAGAUGUCGACCUCGGCCACUUGCACUUCCCCGCUACCAUGAAGGUUGACUGGAUCCGCGUCUAUCAAGAUCCUGACGCGAUCAACAUUGGCUGCGACCCUCCCAACUUCCCUACCGCUGCUUAUAUCGAGGGAUAUAUUGAGGCCUAUACUAAUCCCAAUCUGACUACCUGGAGGGAUGAUUAUAAGCAGCCUUUUCCGAAGAAUUCAUUUCUCGGUCAAUGCUGAAGUUUCUGGCAGGGCCUGAACGCAACCUAGUCAGGUUUCAGUCACCUUCUCCUUUAUUCCACUCAUUUCUGCGAAACUUCAUAUGCCUUGAGUUUCAUAUUCCGGUCACUCCCCUCCUUGUGUAGUAGAUUACGAAUAUUGUGCUAACUAAUCUGCUGGUGCUGUCCCACAUCUUGUGAUCCCGUCCUCUACAAUAUCAUUGACAUUCAUAC